AUGAAAGGAACCACCCCCGAGCGAGUACACACAUCCAGAAGCGCAUUUUUCACAGUGCCAAACGACAUCGAAACCUUCAUUCCCGUUAUACAAGGCAAGUUGAAGCGUCGACUAGGGUAUAUUAGGAGCAAUUUCAUUCCCGAGCUCUUCGCUGACAAGGCCUAUAUUUACCCGGUAAUGGGUUUUUUCAAGUUUUUAGUGACACCUUCAUUUUGGUUGUACAGUUUUGUUCUGGGAUUCUGCUUUGCGUGCAUCUUUGUGACAGUGGCUACUCUGUACUACCUUUUUGUGCUGCCAGUAGUUUUGAUCUGGGCAGUUACUACUUUGGGACCUAUUGGGUUUGUUAUUGUUCACAUUCAGUGGCUCCUUCAAUCCAAUGCAGUGGCUAUCACACUGACGAAUAUCUUGAUAACUCCAGUAUUUUCGAAUAGCAUUUUUGAUGCAGUGUUGGAAAGACUGGGGCAUUCAGACUUUUUGGACAACGCUAAGAGAUUACCAGUGGCACCGUUGCGGAAGAUGAGCUGGAAAUCUCCGCAAUAUUGGCUGGUUUUUCUUCCGGGACAGAUAAUCUCGUUCAAGCUCAAAAUUGCUACAACUAUUCUUUUAAGCGCUGUUUCUCUCAUUCCUAUCAUUGGACCAACUUUGGUGAAUCAGAUUCUAAGCCCGAAGCGAGGAUUUUCAUAUAGCCGGCGACUUUACGUUUUGAAGAAUUUGAACCCAACACAGCUCAAAGACAAAUUCUACGAGCACCUUGGCCAGUUCACUGGAUUUGGGAUAACGGCCGGUCUUCUAGAGUUGAUACCGAUUAUGUCAAUCAUCACAAUACCUAGUAACCUUAUCGGAGGUGCACUAUGGGCAUCAAAUGAACUGAAAAAGGACGUAUAA